CCCCCGACAAUAUGGGGAAUACGUUGAUUGCCGUUUACUGUCUUAUGGUAGCGGCUUGUCUAUUUCUUGACGUUUAUGCGGCAACCGUCAAACUUUGUGGCGGCAAUUUAGAUGUCCAGGCACGGGGUAUUCAACAAGUUUUUACAGAUUUCACAACUGUGACGCAGGUUUUGGACAGUGUAGAUGCACGUUCCAAUUUGGAAUGCAUCACUAAAUGUUCCCAAAAUGAUUAUUGUGCAGCGGUUGUAUUCAGAGAGCGAGAUCGGCGCUGUGACCUGUUAGAUAGUCAGCAGGACGUCACCCAAUACUCGUCACCUGAAAAGACAGGCGUAUGGGUUUCCAAUCUGGACAUCGUACUGUCAAAUCCGCUCCGCUCCGACCAGUCAAGUAGAAUUGCUGUGUGUAAAGCAUGGCCGUGCACGGACAAUUCUCGCUGCCGUGAGGAUUGCACCAGCGGAGAGGCCGUUUGUUUGGGAUAUACGAAAGAUUGUGACGAAGCACCGGUGACCAAUAUUCAUUACGAAGGUUAUCCGAGCAGCUUUGGAGGCGUAAACGGCGACGGCCCGAGCUACAUUUACGUAAAGCAACAGUCCAGCACCGGGCUUCGAAUUUCCUACAGUGGAACAAUCCGCGCCGCCUAUUAUUGUAACGGUUGUACCUCUGGUUUCUACUUCACGAUUAACGGGGCAGAAUGUUCCAACCCAGGCACCAUCGAAUUUGUGGAGUACCAUGCCUCGCGCCGACGAAAUAACGAGCACGGAUCAUUCUCUGGUAUUUGCUGGGGUAUUGCUGCAGGUAAUCUCACCAUACAGAUACACACCAGGAACAGGGGUGGCGGGGCGACUGCUUACAUGGGAAUGAACUCAUACGGGUAUUUCGCAUUUGAGGAGAUAGGACCAACUGGCACUGGGUCAUGUGAUUCAUAUACUUUGUUCAACGUUAAAGAGUUUACCCUCCACCAGGAGAUUUCAACACGAGAUGAAAAUGCAUACAUGACGGAAACCUACACAAAGCGGGCGUCGGACACUAGUGUAGCAGUGUUCUUUACUGGCACGCUUCACGAGUAUGGAAAUGGUUACUGCGCAAGAUGGUAUUUUAAGUUUAAUGGAAAUGAGUGCUCGAAUCCGGGGGUAAUCGACGCAUUCAUCUAUAAAACCGGCGAUAACAAUCCACGCACCCGCAGGACAUUUGAGUUUUCUGGAAUCUGUAACGGUUUUCCGGCCGGAGACAUUACAAUAAGUCUUCACACGGGACGUUGUAGCUGGUCGGGUGGCCAGUAUAGCCCUUCGACCGGCUGGACCACUAUUUCUAGAAUAAGAGUGGAAGAGACAAGACUUGGCUUGGACAUCAACGCUGUGUAG